ACCAAACAGACUUGACAGUCCCAUCUACUGCUCAAACUUUGUUUUCCAUUUGUGCCAUAUAGCUGGUCACUUAUAAGUACCAUCAACAAUGUCAAUUUUCUUCUACUACUUUUCUGAAGUAAAUCCCCUGGAAGACUAGCUACCAUAAAUAUCAGUCAGAGCAAGUUCACCAUUGAUCUUUCAAGAAAGUAGUCUUGGACUAGUUUACUGAUUUUGGUGCAAAGGCCGGCUCAAAAAUGAAUCAAAGUGAAGCUAGUUUAUCUUUGCCUGGCCUCCAGCCUGUGGCAUUUUUUGGUCUCCGCACUGGAGUGAAGGGGAAUGCCUAUUUUCUAACAGAUCAUGAUAUACUUUAUCCUGCUGGGUCAGUUUUGGCUAUUCAUAACCACAUUCAGAAACACCAGAAGUUCAUGAAAUUAGUAGAUCAGCAACAUGGAAAAGAGCAGCAUCCGAAGGAGCAGCAUCCAAAGGAACCACAUUUAAAGGAACAUGUUAAAGACCAUUCAAAGGACCACCAUGGGAAGGAGCAGCAUUCAAUAAAAGAAAUAGUUCUUAGCCCCAGCAGAAAGAUUGCUGCUAUCACUGAAUACGCAGAAAAACCCUUCAUAUCAAUAUAUGACUUAGAAUCUCUUAAACGCAAAAGGGUUUUAUAUUUAUCUAGUGACUGUGAAGCUCAAGAGUUUGUCACAUUUACCUUUACAAAUGAUGGAAAAUACCUGUUGGCUGUUACUGGUGAGCCAGAUUGGUCACUGUACUACUUCAAUUGGGAAAAAGGGAAAAUGGAAAGUACUUGCAAAGCAACUGUUGUAGGCAAUUCAGGAACUGUAGCUCAGGUGGCAGCCCAUCCAACUGACAAUGCAACUUGUGUCCUGGUUGGUCAAGGGCUAUUUCGCUUAAUGAUGGUAACUGAAACAGUGUGGAGGCAGUUUGGAUGGCAGAAAGCUGACCAGUUGUCACUUUCAUGUGUAGCUUAUUUGACAUCAGAGAGAAUCCUUGCUGGCACUAAGGAUGGGAGGCUUGUUCUUGUAGAAGCUACCGAGCUGAAGGGUGUUUUCAAAGCUGCAGAAUUGAAAGAGUUGGAUCCAAAGUCUCUUGAAGUGCAACAAUCGUCAACAAGCCUCACUUCAGCUGAAGCUGAGAUUUCAAGUGAUUCUGAAGUUCGUAGCCUCAUAUCUUUUGACAAAGGAUUUGCUUUCAGCCUUGGAAUAGGCUUGAUACAUUUAUUUGAAGUCAAUCCCAAUCAAAUAUAUAGGAAAAGAAACAUAUUUGCUAUACCAACCUCAGAUUUUGAUAGAAUGUAUCCUACUAAUCUGAACACAGUGCGACAUCUCUGUAUAAAUGUAUCUCAAGACCGACUCAUAGCUACUACUGACCGGUGCCAACUGUACACUACAAGAUUAUGGGGUGCAGAUAUCAGCCAAAUUCCCAGAAUAACCAUGAAGCUACUAGGACAACAACUGCAUCAUGGGCCUGUAUCAGGACUGGCAGUGUGCGCUUGGAAACCCAUAUUCAUGACAGUAGGUCAAGUUGAUAGAACAGUCCGCUUGUGGAACUAUCAAACAGAGACCCAAGAUCUGAUAAAACAGUAUAUUGAAGAUAUAUUUUGUAUAGCUCUGCACCCGACCGGUCUUUACGCUGUCCUUGGAUUUUGUGACAAAUUGCGUUACAUGACUGUGCUCAUUGAUGACCUGCAAGAACUAAGGGAAUUUCCUAUCAGGAAUUGCAAUGCCUGUAGCUACAGCAACAAUGGGCAUAUGUUUGCUGCAGCUAAUGGGAAUGUUAUUGAGAUAUUUUCCACAAUCACUUUUAAAAGACUGCAUACCCUGUCGGGACAUUUUGGCGAGAUCCAGAGGAUGGUAUGGGCCCCUUGGGAUUGGAAAAUUGUGACUUGUGGGUUAGAAGGAGCUGUAUAUGAGUGGGAUGUUGCAGCUGGAAAUCGCAUAGGAGAAGUCAUAACUAAAUCAUGCAGCUGCUCAGAUAUCUGUGUUACAACUGAUGGGAAGAUUACCUACAGUGUGGGUAGUGAUGGAUAUAUAAAAGAGAUAACAGCCUCGCAGAUUGUGCGAGAGGUGAUGAUUGGUGAUGCAAGAAAAUCAGACCCUGUAAAACUGGAUGCUGUUGUACUUUCACGCUCGAAUCUAAUGUUAUUUACAGCUGGAUUGAAUGGUGUUAUUUAUUCUGUCAAGUAUCCACUCACAGAUCCAGCAGUUUAUGCUGAAUACCAUGUUCACUAUGGAGAUGUAGCUCAUAUGAGGCUAACAUACGAUGACAAAGUUUUAUUGUCUAUUGCUAAAGAUGGUUCUGUAUGCAUAUGGAAUCUCUCAAACACAGAGGGAAAAACUGUAGAAAUGGAUAAAGAAUUUUCAUAUUCAAAAGAAAUUCUUAUUAGCAGAAACGAACUAGAGGAAAAAAUAUUAACAAUAAAAGAUCAACAAAUACGGCUUAAUGAAUUAGAAACUGAGCAUGCCUACAACACCCGUAAAAUGGAAUCUGGAUACCAAGAUAAAAUUCGUGAACUGACUGAGGGAUAUCGGACAGUUGUUGAUGAAUUGAAAGUGAAAAAUGAGAAUUCAGAGGCUGAUCAUGUCUUGGAAAUGAACAAGAUUCAAACUGAUAUAUCAGAGAUGAAAGCAUCUCAUGAACAAGCUAUGCAAACACUAGAAACAAAUUAUUAUGGCAAAUUAAUAGUUGAAUAUGAUAAAUAUACUGCUUUAGACACUCGCACCACAAACAUGAGAGACGAUUAUGAAAGACAAUUGGCAACACUUCAAGAAUCUAAAGAAAAGGCUCUCUCUGAGCUCGCCAACCACUAUGAAAAUUUGUUGCACAAAAAAGAAGCAGAACUUGAGCAGAUUCAGAAACAUUUAGAACAGGAGAAAGUCGAACAUGAAGACAUAAAGCAGCAAAUAGAAGAUGACGCAGAUCGUGAAAUUGUUGCUUUGAGAGCCUUGUAUGAGAACCAGCUGAGGGAAGAACGAGACAACAAUGUUCGCCUGAGAGGAGAAGCUGGUGUUAUGAAGAAGAAACUUAUAGGGUCUCAAAAAGAAGCAGAUGAGCUUAAACGUCAGGUUAUCCAGUUACAAGGAGAACAACAGCAGUAUCAGCAAGCUGUUCAUGCUCUGGACCGAGAUGUUCUUGAUUUGAAAAAGGAGGUUGUUGAGAGAGACUCGACAAUUCAAUUUAAAGAAAGGAACAUCUUUGAUUUAAAAAAAGCAAAUCAAGAACUCGACAAAUUUCAAUUUGUUUUGAACUUUAAAAUCAGAGAACUGAGGAAUGUGAUUGAACCAAAAGAUUUGGAAAUAAAAGAGAAGAAGGAGCAGAUUCAAGAUAUGGAAAAAGAGCUUGAAAGACUACAGAGAAAUAGUGAGAAUUUAAAAGUUGAAAUGAAUGAAUUGCGUGAGAAACUCUCAGGGACAGAAAGAGAGUUACAGUCUGAGAAAAAUGGCCACAUCAACACACAUCGCUUAUUAAAACGAUUAUGGGUUGAUCUGCAUAAUACAUCAUCUCUCAUUCAGAAUUCUAAAGAGCUCCCUGAUGCAAUGAAACUGCUAUACCAAAAAUACAGAGGAAAUCCAAGCCUCCUGCUCAGUAGAGCUCAAGAUACUGAUGCACAAGCUGAGUUUAUGCGUCAGAGAGAGCAUUUAGAAAGAACUGUUGCAUCAUUGAAACAACAGGUUUAUAAAGGAGGCUUAUCAAAGCAAGGAGAUUAUGCUAGAAUCAUGGAGGAAAACAUUUAUUUGAUAGAAGAAUUAAAUUCCGUCCGGAAUACUCUCAAGAAGACAAGAAAUACUUUGCAAAACCUUGAAAUGCUUCUUGGCAUUUCAGCAUCUGCAAGUUCUAGGGUGGGUAAUGCUUUAGAGCUUCAGGAAAGGUUACAGAAAGCACUGCGGCAGCAGGAAGAAAGGGAAGAGAAAGGAACUGAGAAAAUUGUGGAACUGGAGAAAAAAGUAGCAAUUUUGCAAGAGGAAGUUGACCGCCUAGUUUCAAAAUUAGGGCAGGCAGACAAAGAAGCAUACUUGCAAGACAAAAAGAUGCGUGACAGCAAGCGUAUUCAGUUUUCUUCCAAGAGUAAACUGGAAGUUGAUACAGCACCUUGAACUGGUAUGGUCGUCUGUUACUUUCGGUUUCAAAA